AAAGAUUCAAAACCUUUUUGUUUAGCUUUUAUUUUGAUUACAGAAAGAGAAUCAAGAUGUAAACGGUCUGUAGUUUUGCCACCUAUUGGGUCAUCACCCACUGGCUUUUCCCCCUCACUUGUGUAAAAAUUAUUUGGGGUGGGUGUGGUGGUUCUCAUCUGUAAUACCAGAACUUUGGGAGGCUGAGAUGGGAGGAUCACCUGAGACCAGUUCGAAACCAGCCUGGGCACAGUGGCCAGACUUUGUCUCUUAAAAAAAAAUUUAGCCAGGUGUAGUGGUAUGUGACUAGUCCCAGCUACUCAGGAGGCUGAGGUUAGGAUUGCUUGAGCCCAGCUAUUUGAGGUUGCAGUGAACUAUGAUCUUGCCGUUGUAGUUUUAGCCUUGGUGACAGAGUGAGACCUUUUCAAAAACGACGGGAUUAUUUGGAGUACCCAUUAAAAGGCGAUUUGCUGGAGUGCCAUUCCUUUCUGAAUCAGAAUCCAGAGAUUGGGAUGUGGACAAUUGCAGAUUUAUGUUCACUUUUUUUUUGGCUUGGGGCUGGGUUUGAACCUCCGGCAUAUGGGGCUGGGGCCCUGCUCCUUUGAGCCACAGGUGCCACGCUCCCCCCCCUUUUUUUAAAAGACAGAUCUUGUGGUGCCUCCUAGACUGGAGUAUAGGAGGCAUGAUCAGAGCUCACUGCAGCCUCAGCCUCUUACCAUCCCCACCAAGUAACUGCCACUACAGGUGCCUACCAACCUUGCCUGGCUAAUUUAAAAAUCUUUCUUUGUGUAAAGACAGGGUCUUGAUACGUUGCUCAGACUGGUCUUGAACUCCUGGCUUCAAGCAGUUCUACCUCAGCCUCUUAAAGUGCUAGGAUUGCAGGAAUGAGCCACCACACUCGGCCAGGAAUGUGUAUUAUUAUUUUUUUUUUGGAGACAUAGAGUCUCACUUUGUUGCCCUGGGUAGAGUACUGUGGCAUCACAGUUCACAGCAACUUCCAGCUCUUGGGCUUAGCCGAUUCUCUUGCCUCAGCCUCCCAAGUAGCUGGGAUUACAGGUGCCCACCACAACGCCCGCCAAUUUUUUUGUUGCAGUUUGGCUGGGGCCAGGUUUGAACCUGCCACCCUUGGUAUAUGGGGGCUGGUGCCCUACUCACUUGAGACACAGACGCCGCCCAGGAAUGUGUAUUUUUAACAGGCAUCUUGGCCAAUGCAGUUAGUUUUCAGACUGCUAGAAGAGCCAUUCUGGAACAAGAACCAAUUAGUUUAUUGAUCAACUUUUUUUGUUGUUGUUGUUGAGGCAGGGUCCCACCCUACGCCCCUGAGCAGAGUGCAGUGGGCGUGGUUACUCACCGCAACCUCAGAUUCGGGCUGCGGGCACCCCGCUGCUUCAGCCUCCGGAAGCCCCUGGGAUUACAGGCGCUCGCUGCCCGUGCCCGGCUGGGUUUUUCCAUUUUUUUUUUUUCAUGAGUCGGGGUCUCACUGUCGCUCAGGCGAGUCAACUUUGUGUCCUUAGAAUCUAGUAAAAUGCCUAAAAUACCUCACAUAGUUUAAUGUAUGUUGUAUUAAUAAAUGAGGAACCCCAGUUAUAGACACUUAUAAAAUAAUCUUAACUUUUGUAGGACACUUUACAAAGAGUUUUACAUUAUUUUGCCCAUUAGAUCAUCUUUUAAUUCCCAGUUCAGCUAAAAAAAUUGAUUUAACCUCUCUCACCAUUCUAUAUUCUUAAAAUUUUUUAAAAUUUUAGUUCUGUAAAUUACUAGUUUUACAAUGCCCUCUUGAAUUUUAUCUUUUUUUUUUUUUUUUUUUUGUGCUUUAUCCAAUCAUGUCUUUGGCUAAUUGUACCCUCACACAUGGAGAUGACAACUAGGAUGACUCGCACAAUGGACCCACGGGCAAAGAAGAUCUUUAAAGGAAUUUUAGUAGCUGAAGUUUUGGGCCUUUUUGGAGUAUAUUGUUUAUUUAAUAAGAUGAACACAAGCCAAGACUUCAGACAAACAAUGAGCAAGAAAUUUCCCUUAAUCUUGGAAGUUUAUUACAGAUCCAUUGAACAGGCUGGAAUGUAUGGAAUCAGGCAGCAAGAUCAAGAAAAAUGGUUGAACAGCAAAAAUUAAAACCAGUCAUCACGUUCAGCCUCCCAUCUAAGCUGUUUGAGACCUUUGGAAGGAGAGUAAAACAUGAGCCUCUACCACUGCACUGCAGACUCUGGGCCCUCACACAGAACAUCCUGCUGAGCAACAGGAACUUCUGCCCUGGCCUACGGUUUCCCACCCACUAAGCAAAUCAACUACUUUUUUGUCGCUUUUCUUCUAUAUUUAUUGUCAAAAUCUGUUUUAUAAAUAAAUAAAUCACUAAGGAAGGAAAAGGAACCAAUGCUCUGAAGAUCUUCUUCCCUUUUCUUUCACCUCUUUUACUGGUGAAAGAAAAACCAGUAACAACAUCAGAAGUAUGUCUUUAAAGCUACACAAAAAUAGGCCCCCUUCCUAAAAAUGCCACAGUAAUUUUUGUAGUCUGUACUCUUUUUUGCUGUGUUCUAAAUACAUUUUAAUUCUUCAGGCUCUCUCAAGAGGGAGAAGACAAAGCCAUCCUUUCCAGGUUGUAUGGUACCAUAAAAAGGUCCUCCCCAAAUAGUCCUAUCUUCUGAAGUUCGAAGUUAAAGCUAGUUUUUAAAACAUUAAUAAAAAAUUCAGA